AUGGCACCCAAGGCUAAGAAGUCGUCCCAGGACAACAUCAACACCAAGCUCCAGCUUGUGAUCAAGUCUGGUAAGGUCGCCCUCGGCCUUAAGAGCGCUCUCAAGAACAUGCGCUCUGGCAAGGCCAAGCUGGUGCUCAUCUCUGCCAACACGCCUCCUCUGCGCAAGUCCGAGAUCGAGUACUACGCCAUGCUUUCCAAGACUGCCGUUCACCACUACCAGGGCACCAACGUCGCCCUCGGUACUGCUGCCGCAAUCAUGUUCAAGUCCUUUGGCAAGAUAAUGGGCGGCUCGUCCCGGAAGGGCAAAUCCAAGCUUCAAGAUGGCGAUGACAGCGUCGAGGCAUCCAACGGCGUCUCUGGCUCCGACUCUUCCAACCUCCUUCGCGCUAGAAGCAAAGACUCGCUCGCCGUCUCGGAAAACGGCUCGGGCAACUACAACAACAACGGCUCCUCUGCCCCCGCCAAGAUCGAAAAGCGCGGAGGCGUUAGCAGACACGAAUCGCCUUUACCCUCUCCAUCACCCUCGGCGCGCAACGUGCUCGAGGGGCAAGACGAGAGCAGCGAAGUAGGCAGUCCUGCCGCUUCCAGAUCAGCACCCACUUCCGACGUCGGCGGCCCCUUGUCAGCAAACGACGCCGCGUCUCAAGGCACAUCCGCUCCCACCUCCAACACCAUCCUCUCGAAUCCUCUCGCACAAAGCGGCGCAGCAGGCUUCCCCGGUUCCGCAGGCAAGAACGCCCAGACGGCAGGCACUGGCGACCAGGUCCGCACAUUCGACAUUGACGACAUGAUUUCGCGUCUGCUCGAAGCCGGCUACUCGGGCAAGAUCCCCAAACCAGCGCUGAAAAACGCCGAGAUCACCGCCGUCUGCCAAGCGGCGCGCGAGAUUUUCCUCUCGCAACCCACGCUCAUCGAGCUCAGCCCACCGGUAAAGAUUGUCGGCGAUACCCACGGCCAGUACCACGACCUGCUGCGGCUGUUCGAGAUGUGCGGCUUCCCGCCGUCGGCCAACUACCUCUUCUUGGGCGACUACGUCGAUCGCGGCAAGCAGUCGCUCGAGACCAUCCUGCUGCUGUUGUGCUACAAGAUCAAGUACCCGGAAAACUUUUUCCUGCUGCGCGGCAACCACGAGUGCGCGAACGUCACGCGCGUCUACGGCUUCUACGACGAGUGCAAGCGUCGCGUCAACAUCAAGAUCUGGAAGACGUUUAUCGACGUGUUCAACACGCUGCCUAUUGCGGCGGUGGUGGCGUCCAAGAUCUUUUGCGUUCACGGUGGUCUUUCGCCCUCGCUUUCGAACAUGGAUGACAUUCGACGCAUCGAGCGACCUACGGAUGUGCCGGACUACGGGCUGCUCAAUGACCUGCUCUGGUCCGAUCCCUCCGAUACGGCGCUCGAUUGGGAGGACAACGAACGCGGUGUAUCCUACUGCUUCGGCAAAGCCGUCAUACAGCAGUUCCUGGCGCAGUACGACUUCGACCUCAUCUGCCGAGCGCACAUGGUCGUCGAGGACGGCUACGAGUUUUGGAACGAGCGCACGCUCGUGACGAUCUUCUCGGCGCCGAACUACUGCGGAGAGUUUGACAAUUUCGGGGCGGUGAUGAGUGUGAGCGAGGAUCUGCUGUGUGCGUUCGAGCUGCUGAAGCCGCUGGAUGGAGCGGCGUUGAAGAAGGAGAUGGCGAAGAAUAAGAGGAGGAGCAUAGCGCAGGGGCAGAGUCCUGGUGCGAGAGGGCAGGGGUCGUUUUGA